AUGACCAUCUCCCAUCCUCCUCAGAUGAGCAAUCCGUACUCACAGCCACCGACUGGCCUUUCUGACCAACCGACAGCUCGUAUGGCCUUGCAACAACAAGCUCGACCAGGACCGGGGAGUGAUUUAGGGAGAGGACCCGGGCCAGGCACGAAUGCGAGUCCUGUCAUUGAUCUGACGGGGAGCGACAACGAGGAUGACGAGGACCUGGAGUCUAGUCGGCCUGCGAAGAGGUUGCGCAUUGAUACAAAAGGACAUGAUGAGAUUGCGAGGAUUCUGAGUUCUGGCAUGCGCUUGAUCCAGGGAGCAAGCGACGAUGUGAACGAUGGAAAGAGUAGUGAAGUUACCGACCCAAACAUACCGUUUGUUGAGAGUGUGAGGCCUCCAGCGUCAUUUCAAGAUCGGCUGGCGUACAUCUCGGUAGAUGGAGGUGGUCAGCAGCCGCAAUCUUCAUCCUCUCCUUUACCUCUGCCCCCUCGACCGCGAAGGAGUCUGUUCAUGCGGGACAAAUCAGAAACCGCCCCUGAAGACGAUGAGCAGGAAGAUAUGACAGUCCAGACCACCCCAUAUACUAUGGAGAAACCUGCUGCUGCUGCUAGGCUCGCAGAUAAUACCGUCCUCGACUUCCACCCGUGGACUGGAAAUCAUCCAGAAGAUGCUCUCAACGAACAAACCGCCAAACAAGGCUUCUAUGACCGUGUUCAGCUGUCCCAGAACGAAAGUAAUACCGCACGCCCAUCUCUAUACACACACUUUAAGAACCCCAAUGGUCUCAAAGCGCUUUCCCAUAUAUUCGCCGCUGCCCUCAAACGAAGACAAGCCAUGACGAAAGUCACGCCAAACUCAACAUUCAAACCACCACCGCGCGUUACACUCACCGAUAACAAACGCGAAGCCUGGCUACGAGACCUGGCUAACCCAUCCGUACCCCUCAGGCGGCUUAGCAGAACCAUACCUCACGGUAUUCGUGGCAAGAUAUUGCUGGACCAGUGUCUAGGGAAGAACAUACCUAUUGGACGCGCAAUCUGGCUGGCCAAGUGUGUGGGCGCGAAUGAAAUACGGGCGUUCAAACGGAAAGGGACGGCAGCUACCAUUGCGAGCGGGCUUGAAGCGAAAUGGGUAAAGGACUGGACUGGGAGUGUGCAGCAGUUCAUGGAAAGUGUGGUGCAAUCGCAUGAGGACGCCGGGUGGAUUGAGAACCAGGCUUAUGCCAUGAGAUUGUCUGGUCGUCUAUUCUUGGAACAACUGCUUGACCAGGAUGCCUACCUCGAAUGGUUUCUCGGCUCUCUGCAUGCAUCUAACCUGGAUAUGUUACCUGUCUGGUUAUCAACUAUUGGUGUUUACUGGAAGAACCUCACCAGCUACCGAAAAAGAGGCAGACGUCUGGCACAGACCCUACUUGAUAAGCUAGCAUGGGCUCUGAAUGUUAACCGUUCUGCAGUCCUUAAUCCACUAAUCACACGCCUCCAGUCACUUAUCCGUUCGUUCAUCACCUCUUAUCCAUCAUCCUUUGUUCUUCCCUUGACUUGGUCUCAACACCAGAAAGCCUUGACUGCAUGCUUCAACACAUCCGUACCCCUGGAGACAGCGAUACUCGCUCAACUCAUUGCACGAAAUGCUCGUCUAUCCAAAGUCUCGCCUCAGUCUGCUAUAAACUCUCCUCAGUCUAUCCCACGACCCGCCCCACAACAACUAAUAUCGCUCCUUGACGCCCCAUGUGCAUCUAAUGGUUUCCCUCUUCUUGCUGCAAAAUGCCUUGCUCUCCCACUAGAUCACAGAACAUUGAUACAUAGCCUCCUGGAAUGGUCAUCUACCCCUUUCAGAUAUGGAUGUGCACGAAUCUAUGCCUCUGCUCGACUACUCCGUCGUUGGAGGAAGCUCUCGAUCGAUACUGAUGCGCAUAUAUCAUCAUUCUUGGCCGAGAACAGCAAAUAUAGCGCCCGCCAGCUCGAAAAUGCCUACCAUCUUGUCUCGGAACUGGUACGGUCCCAGUCCUUUUCCGUUGGCAAGUACUUGGAAUGGCUUAUGGCAAGAGGCGCGGUGAGAAGUCCUGAUAUGUCUGGUCAAUAUCUGACAGCUGACGUAGAGCUUCUACGACAUCUUCCGUCAAGUAGACUUCCGGAACAUAUCUGGAAUCUACGCAACACUUUGCUCUCUAGAGCGGGCGUGUCGGUCGAUGCCGAGGCGAAGCAAAUACGCCAAAUCAAGACUUAUCUGUUGCAAAAGCAUUCUGACAUUUUUGUUGGGCAUGUUGGUACUACUGACACUGAGAUGAUGGAUGGUGACAUUGACUGGGCCAGUCUCACCUGGACAGUCAAGUCGGAAAUUUCACAUUGGAUUCGAGAGCAGGUUGCAUUGAAACUUCGAGCCCAGGCUCAAGCCCAAAAUCAACCUUCCAGUAAUGCAACCGCUCAAGCAAUCGCUUCCAUGAUAAGGCCAGAUCAGUUUUACUUUCUGCGAUGCAUCCUGGAGCGCAUGGGUGAUGUCUCGAUCCUCGCUGAUGUCCUCAAACUCCUCUCCCAAUCAUCCAACCCCACCGUCUUAGCUUCCGUGACAGAUACCUUGAACUAUCACUUACCAUCUUUCACUGCCAUCGGUGCAACAAUGGAUCUUCUACAAAGCUUUGCCAUCUCCUACUCAAAACUCAGCAAGACUGAAGCGCACGUUCAAGAUUUGAUAGUCUCUCUGCUUGACGUUGCCAUUGUCAUACCAUCAGAAGCCUCUACUGUUGCUGUCUUGCGCCGCGACCUAGCACGCUAUGACAAGAAGUCAGCCAUGGCUGCCUCAUCGCCAGUAUCAGAACAUAUGGCUGACACCCUCAACCCUGUCAACCCUACCUUUGGUGGGAUGCUUGACCAGCUUCUUGCCUCGGGAAACUGUAUGGACGAUGCUACGCUUAUGCGUAUAUUUGACUUGCUUAUCCAGAAGCUUGAGACAGGCAAGGCAGAUAUCAGCAUCACAUCCAGCGAGGCAGCGCGGUAUCUUGCACAACUACGUUUGUUCAAUCCCAAGACUUUUGAUGGGCUUAUGAUCAAGCGUGUGGUUGGGAUGAUACGCACUUCUCCCAGACCAAAAUUGUCCCACUUUCUACCACCGCUCAUCGGAGUGGGCUGCAUCACUCUUCCGGCAUUUUUCGGUCUGGUGAAGAGGCUUCUUCUUGAUGCUGAUAAGGCUGGAGAAAAUAAUAUACCUGAUCUUUUGCACCUCAGGUUGGACAUGUUGAGUGUUCUAGGGCUAGGGACAACCGACCAAAACACAGUCCCAGACCUCGUAUUCUACCGCUUCAAGAUCUCCCGCCAGGAGUUCGUCCAGAAACACUGCUGUAUCAUUGUCAGCGCUAUCCGCGAUGCUGUAAUGGAUGCGUCCGCAAACCAUUCUGCCGCCGACGCCUCUCUUCAUGAACAGUGGAACAAGGCCAUUUUCCCACUUCUUUGCGAGAUAAUGGUUCGACAUUCCAGCCUCGCGAGGGAUGAAUGUGUCAAAUGGGUGACGGCGAAGUUCCCAACAGGAUUACGCCUCCUUAACCAAACGCUGGACAGUCUUCUUGGCGUGGAAUCAGGCAAUGGUAAUCUUGAGAUUCUGCCAUUGCCCAACGGCGAUGAUGCCGGAGAUGCUAAUUUGCACGCAGAUCCUAAUCGUGCUUCGACCAGCUCCCAGUCGGUUCAGCAGCAAGCGUCAGAUACUAUCCGUCGCAUUGAUGACUUCUCCUUGCCAUUCUGUCUUAUCAAGCUGCAACUCCUACUUGCGGAAACAGAUGCAGCCGGAAAGGAGAAUGUUCUUGAUCCUAUCUUUUCUGCGGCUGAAAUGGAUGUGAAGAAGGGGUUAUCCCGAUGGGUGGAAAUUAUCACUGUUCUGGAUGACGAAGGAAAACGACAGGUAAGUGUCGAGAUAUUCCAUAUUGCAAAAAGGCACCUACUAACCAUCCUUCAGCUCCAACAAAAGGCAGAGAACAAACUUUUAUCGUUGUUCAUUACAUCUGCCUCCUCAUCCUCGACGGGCAAUAGUGAUGAUGGACCGGCACCUCAUGAGUUUGGGUUGGUAUACCUGCGCAUAAUUGAGGAGCUGGUGUCCAAAGAACCAAAUGAAAACGACAACAUUUCUUCCGCAAUCGGCAGCGCCCUGUUGGAAAGAAUGAAUCUCUUGCUUCAGCGGAUAGCGUUUCUGUCAAAGGCCAAGCCUACAGAUUCGGGCACCACUAUCAUGGCUCAGUGUAAUGAAGGCGGCAUGCUUGGAAUAUGGAUAUACAUUCUUCUUCGUCUUGUGGCCUUGUAUCGCUCAUCUUUCGAUGUUGAGCGUGCCUCUAAGACAGAUCUCUCUGACCAAACUCGCCUCCUGCUCAGUAUUUGCUACAUGGCAUUUACUCCGGCCUUAAUGCAGGUACUCUCGCAUACCACCAACCUUCCUCCCGCUCCCACUGGCAAAUAUGCCCACCUGCAAAGAACGGUACCAGGGAACUGGAAUAGCCUACGAAUAUAUACUAUUGAUGUUGCCAAUAUCUUGGUCGAUACCCUCCCGGAUGAAGCCCGCAUCCAGUGUGCCCGUUUCCUCCGUGAUCGGUCCCCUCUCUUCCUCCAGCAGCAACAAGAUAGCCGUCUUCUAUAUCUUUUUGGCCCCAUGCCUGAUCCUCAAGCCGGCCCCAUCAGCUCUUCUACUAGCACCACAACCUCCAGCGCGCCACCUCCCGGCUCAUCACCUCUAAAUACCCAAGGCCCUACAGCACAGGGCUCAUCUGCCCAACCUCCUCACCCAACCAAUCCAUCAAUCCCCACUGUCGAAGAAACAACCUCACCAGUUCAAAAUUUCCGAUUCCAGCAGGGCAAUCGAGUCGUCGGUCCCUGCCCUCCGAGAACAUGGGAAAUGAUCGAAGAAUCCGCUCCUGUUGUCGGCCGACCUUCACUUCAAGGCGACAUCACACCCACAUUUUCUUUUCUUCUCUUUUCCCUCAAAUACUUCAACGUUUUUAUAUCAUUCCAUGAGAUAUGUGAGCAUUUACUUGGAUACCAAUUUGCUUCUCCUAUCAGCGACUGCACCAUAUUACUUACCUCCUACGCUAUUUUUAACAUCUCCAGCUUACCCAUUUUCACUUCCUAUAUCUUUUUAACGAAUAAUAACGAGCAUCUGUUAUUGCUUUUGGUUUGGAGCUCUCUCAGCGGUGAACGGAUGGACGGACGUCGGAUAUUGUUUUUUUUCAUUGCCCUAUAUUUUUCCAUCAUUCCUGUUUGUAUCACGGACUGCAUUUAUUAUCGGACGUCGGAAAUUGAAACCGUCUCUGCCUGUUAA